AUGGACGAGACCGUGCCCCACGGCGAGAUCAUUCACCUGCCGGAGCUGGUCAAGGCCGCCGGGGACAUGCACGACCGCUCGGUGCGCACCAUCGGAAGGUGCGACGGCCACGCCUCGAUCCGCCCCCCUCGCUCUUGGGACGAAAACGUGGGCACCCCCGCCCCGUCCCCUCUUACCCGUCCCCUGACCGUUCGCCCUCUCCUCUUCGUCCCCGCACAUCCGCGCAGGCUCGUGUCGUACGACGCCGCGGCGGCGAGGGCGACGAUCGCACUGGACGGCGCGUCCAUCCUCGUCGACGUCGCCAACGUCCCGUCGCCGGAUCCCCACAGGAUCGACUCGUUGUACCAGUACAUCGGCGAAAUCGACGCCGCCGGCGGGGGAGGGGACAGAGACGGAGGAGGAGGCGCGCCGUGUCUGCGCGCGAGGGUGGCGCGGUGCGUGGACGGGCUGGACCUGAAGCUGUACGCCAGGGCCCUCCGGGAACGAAACAGGUUCCUCGGCAACAACGCGUAA